CAGGCAUAUUUGUGGGCACCUAUAAAGUCAGGACCUAACGUUGAUAUUUUGGUAGAUUUUCUGUAGCGCAAAGUUCUAUUUGAUGUUCGAUGUUUGCUUUGGUUUAUUCGCUUAAAUCGUAGUUUUCUGCUUCGGUGAAUAUGUCGUCUUCGCUGUCAAAGCCUCAGAUCAUCGCGCAUGCUCACACGGGUCUAAACUUCACUGUGUUCGACUGUAAGUGGAUCCCCUGCAGCGCCAAGUUUGUUUGUUUGGGCAACUUUCCGAGAGGAACCGGGGUGAUCCAGAUCCACGAGCUGCAGCACGGAGAAGUACAGCUUGUUAAAGAGCUCGAGAAACCCAAACCUAUAAAGUGUGGCACGUUUGGGGCAUCUUCCCUGCAGACCAGACACAUAGCAACCGGGGAUUUUGAUGGAAAUCUAAAUAUCUGGAAUCUAGAGGCUGCUGAUGUGCCUGUGUACUCUGUGAAGGCCCAUAAGGAAAUAGUCAACAGUAUAGACGGAGUCGGAGGUCUGGGAAUCGGAGAAGGCGCUCCUGAGAUAGUGACCGGCAGCAGAGAUGGAACAGUAAAGGUGUGGGAUCCCAGACAGAGAGACUGGCCUGUGGCCAACAUGGAACCACUUGAAGGGGAAACCAGGAGGGACUGCUGGACUGUUGCAUUCGGUCACGCCUUCAACCAAGAGGACCGAUGCGUUUGUGCCGGCUACGACAACGGAGACGUCAAGCUGUUUGACCUGAGGAACAUGUCUCUGCGAUGGGAAACCAACAUCAAGAACGGGGUUUGCUGCGUGGAGUUUGACAGGAAAGAUAUCAACAUGAACAAGCUGGUGGCCACGUCUCUGGAGGGCCGGUUCCACGUGUUUGACAUGAGGACGCAGCACCACACCAAAGGCUUUGCCUCUGUUUCUGAAAAGGCUCAUAAAUCAACCAUCUGGCAGGUCAGACAUUUACCUCAGAGCAGAGACGUCUUCAUGACAACAGGCGGGUCGGGAAAUCUGCAUCUGUGGAAAUAUGAGUAUCCAGCUCAAAGGAGCGAGAAGGACUGUGAGGGUGUGGCAGGGGGCGUGGCCGGCUCGCUCAGCCUCCUGCAGAACGUCACCCUGUCCACGCAGCCGAUCACCAGCCUGGACUGGAGCCCCGACAAGCAGGGUCUGUGCGUGUGCUCGGCGUUCGACCAGUCUGUGCGUGUGCUCAUCGUCACCAAGCUCAACACGGUGUGAGGCGGGGCCAGACAGAACAUGGACCAAAUGUGCCUCGCAGAACAAUCUGAGCCUGGAUGGUGGGGUUCCUGGACAAAGAUCAAAGUUCUGCUGUCCUAAGUUAAACUGUUAUUUAUCCUCUUAGAUCUGACUUGUUCAUUAAAGAUUUUUUUAUCUAUU